CAUCAAACCAUCUUUUGUGUAGCCAUGGAUUCCGUCGAGCAUCCUCCACUUCCUCACCUCCUUUGCCCCAUCUUUCGGUACUUUUCCUUAUCUUUAAACAUGUCUGUGAAAGAUGAUGGGUCAGUUAUAAUCAAAAGUCCUUUUUAUAUUUCAAAUACCGAACGCAAGAACUUUUUACCUUAUGUCAACGUUGACCACCCCCUUUACCCCCUUUAUUGGUGCAACAACAAAGAAUCAGGAAACGAGUCUUCGUGUGGUGUUUGUAAAAGUAAGACAGUUGGUACAACUUAUUACUUUUGCUGCAAAUGUAAGGUAUCAUUUCACAAAGAAUGCGUUGAGUCUCCCCCUCUAAUCAAAUCUGUUCAUCACCCUAAACACCAUCUCAAACUUUUCACAAGUGGGAAUAUAUCUUGUUCUUAUUGUGAUGAAAGUGGUGGAGAUAGUCGUUUAGUGCUAAAUUACUAUUGUUCUAUUUGUAAGUUUGGUUUGGAUCCUGUUUGCGCAGAAAGUCCCUCGUUCCUAAGGUAUCAUAAAAGGCAUGAGCAUAUCCUCCACCACUUUACCAGAAAAGCGGAUUUGAUAUGUGACGUUUGUGGGAUAUUGGAUAGAAAGUCUCUCAUCUUCGUGUGUCUUCAAUGUGAAUACAUUGUCCAUAAAAACUGUAUUUACUUACCAUUUGUCAUAAGAAUAUCCCGUCAUAACCAUCGUCUCUCUUUUACAUAUUCUCUUCCUAAAAUAUUGUCUUGUGGAGUUUGUCGUCAAGAAGUUGACAACAACUAUGGAAAUUAUUCUUGCAUGAAAGAUUGCACUUAUGUUGUGCAUUCCAAAUGUGCAACUCGAAGAGAUGUGUGGGAUGGAAAAGAACUUGAGGAAGAACCAGAAGAAGAAUAUGAAAAUCUAAAUUCUUUUGAAGUGAUAGGUAGUGGACUUAUAAAGCAUUCCAGCCAUUCACAUCACAUGAAGUAUGAAGAGAAGACCGCUGACAUUAUGUAUCAUGAUAAAAGGCAAUGUGAAGCAUGUGGGCUUCCAUUAUAUGGUGGUUGCGUUUACAAAUGUAUGAAAUCCAAGUGUGAUUUUGUACUUCAUGAAGCAUGUGCAAAUCUUCCCCGGGUAAAACAACAUAUGGCGCAUCCCUUUCCAUUGAGUCUACAAAUAUGUGUGUAG